GCGCCUCCGCCCACUGCCUCGCUAUUGGUGCGCGUAUGAGAGCGACGCGUCCUAUUGGGCCGCGUGGAUUUGGGCACCAAAUUCAAAGAUUUUAAAAGUACCAGCUGGCGCCUUUUAGAUGAUACAGCUCUAUGAAGAGAGCGGCGGGCGCUAUUGCUCUUCUAGCUGCUCCCUCACCUGAGGCUGAGGCCAUCUCCGCUGGCAUGAGCCGGAGCCCCUGCAGCUGCUGCUCACGUCCACUCACGUGCUCCUGCCGCUGCAGUCCCUUGACAGCCACUGGGCGCCCGCGCCCCUCGGACAGUUAUAAAGAAGAAAAUACCACUCUUUCUGCCAAAAUGAAGUGUGAUUUUAAUUGUGACUGUGUUCAUUCUGGACUUAAACUGGUAAAACCUGUUGAUGGUGGAAGGUUGGGUUCCUGCACUCCUGCAUAUUUGGAAGGUUCUUGUAAAGCCUGCAUUAAAGACUAUGAAAGGUUAUCAUAUAUUGGAUCACCUAUUGUGAGCCCCACAUCUGUAGAACUUGAAACUGAAAGCAAGCCUUUGCAUAACAAGGAAAAUCAACAUGUGCAACAAAUACUUGACAGGUCGAAUGAAAUAGAAGAACUACAGACCAGUAGAUUUUAUGAAGACAGUGGCUAUUCCUCAUUUUCUCAACAAAGUGGCCUAAAUGAACAUGAAGAGGGUAGCCUUCUCCUGGAGGAAAAUACUAGUGACAGUCCACAGUCCUGCCUGCUACAGACACAAAGCCCAGGCCAAUAUCCCAACAAAAACUUGCUGCCAGUUCUUCAUUUUGAAAAAGUCGUUUGUUCAACAUUAAAAAAGAACGUCAAACGAAAUCCUAAAGUAGAUCGAGAGAUUCUAAAGAAAAUUAUAUCCAGUGGAAAUUUUAGACUACAAAAUAUAAUUGGCAGGAAAAUGGGCCUAGAAUGUGUAGAUAUCCUCAGUGAACUUUUUCGAAGAGGACUCAAACUUCUCCUAGCAGAUAUUUUAGCACAGCUCAAUGAUAUGGACUUAAUCAAUGUGGCUAAAGUGAGUACAACUUGGAAGAAGAUUCUUGAAGAUGAUAAGGAGGCAUUCCAAUUGUACAAUAAAGCCAUGCAAAGAGUUUCUGAAAAUAUUACUAAGUUUUCACCACAUGCUUCAACCAGGGAACAUAUUAUGUUCAGAACAGCAUUAGCUUCUGUUCAAAAAGCAGCAGCCCAGACUCUCCCAAAAACAGAUACUCGAUCCAAGUUACCCAAUCAACGUGAUCAGGAAGGUUCUGCUUACAGUCGACACAAUGAGUUCUCUGAGGUUGCUAAGACUUUGAAAAAUAAUGAAAGUCUUAAAGCCUGUGUUCGCUGUCAUUCACCAGCAAAAUAUGACGGCUAUUUACAACGAGCCGUCUGCAAACGAGAAGGCUGUGGGUUUGAUUAUUGUACAAGAUGUCUCUGUGACUAUCACACCGCCAAAAACUGUUCCAAUGGCAAGCCUCUAAGAGCCAGUUGUAAAAUGGGACCUCUGCCUGGUAGUAAAAAAAGCAAAAAGAAUUUACGAAGAUUGUGAUCUCUUGUUAUUAAACCGAUUGUAAUUGACCAUGAAGGUUAGGUAGAAGAUGUUAGGUUUUAAUUUAUGAAAAUAAAUGUGUUCUGAUUUUCAGUUUUAUAUUCAAAUUGAUAUUAGUUACUUGGGGCUUUUUCCCCAGUGAAUAAAGAGGACACACAACCUCUUGAAACAUUUUAUAUAAUUUAAUGUGAAGAAAUUUAAAAUUUUCACAACAGAUCAGAAAAUUUAAUAUUUUAAGAAAGGAAAACUAGUUAGGCAGUUACCUGUUAUUUGUGAUUCUAAGAGUAAAAUAAAAUUGAUUCAGUAUUAUGGUAAAGGAAGGCCAUAUAAUUUUACCUGGGCGAUCUUAAAUUUAAAUAUUGAUUACAUUGAGACAUUUUAUUUGCCUUACCAAAUUAAUACCAAUGCAGAUAUCAACUUCUGGAGUCUGUUGAUUUAAAUGUUUUGUCACCUUUCUUAAAUCUCUUUCAGUGUGUGUAUUUCCCAAAAAAUAGCCUUUGUAAUAUCUUCUCUGUUUUUCGUAUUUCUGAAGUCUGUGUUUUAAUAUUUUUGUACGUAUGUAAAUAUUUCUGUAUUUUUAUAUAUGAAAGUAUGAAUAAAGUCUGUUUUGUAUAUACAUGUAAAUAUAAAUUUUGUUCCUGUUAUUAAUAAAAUUAUUACAAGCUUAAUAAAUAAUGUGUAUCUUUUAUUUUGAUAAACAUCUUAA